CCCGCAUGCUCACAAGCUGAGGUAGGGCUGCCGUCCAUCUCGAAAGAUUUAUUGACAGUGCCAAAGCUCGGUACCGGACACGACGAGGGACCUGGGUUUACGAUAACGCGCUUUUGCUGCUCCCGAAGUGUCUUUGGUCCAACGUUGUUCCAGGUUUGUCACCGUAACUUUCUCUCCUGCCGGUCAGGGCAAGAGCCAGAGUUUGUCAUGGCUUCCAGUAACACUGUGUUGAUGCGGUUGGUAGCCUCAGCAUAUUCUAUUGCUCAAAAGGCAGGAAUGAUAGUCAGACGUGUUAUUGCUGAAGGAGACCUGGGUAUCGUGGAGAAGACCUGUGCAACAGACCUGCAGACCAAAGCUGACCGAUUGGCACAGAUGAGCAUAUGUUCUUCAUUGGCCCGGAAAUUCCCCAAACUCACAAUUAUAGGGGAAGAGGAUCUGCCUUCUGAGGAAGUGGAUCAAGAGCUGAUUGAAGACAGUCAGUGGGAGGAAAUACUGAAGCAACCAUGCCCAUCGCAGUACAGUGCUAUUCAAGAAGAAGAUCUCGUGGUCUGGGUGGAUCCUCUGGAUGGAACCAAGGAAUAUACUGAAGGUCUUCUUGACAAUGUAACAGUUCUUAUUGGAAUUGCUUAUGAAGGAAAAGCCAUAGCAGGAGUUAUUAACCAGCCAUAUUACAACUAUGAGGCAGGACCAGAUGCUGUGUUGGGGAGGACAAUCUGGGGAGUUUUAGGUUUAGGUGCCUUUGGGUUUCAGCUGAAAGAAGUCCCUGCUGGGAAACACAUUAUCACAACUACUCGAUCCCAUAGCAACAAGUUGGUUACUGACUGUGUUACUGCUAUGAACCCGGAUGCUGUGCUGCAAGUAGGCGGAGCAGGAAAUAAGAUUAUUCAGCUGAUUGAAGGCAAAGCCUCUGCUUAUGUAUUUGCAAGUCCUGGUUGUAAGAAGUGGGAUACUUGUGCUCCAGAAGUUAUUUUACAUGCUGUGGGAGGCAAGUUAACUGAUAUCCAUGGGAAUGUUCUUCAAUACCACAAGGAUGUGAAGCAUAUGAACUCUGCAGGAGUCCUGGCCACACUGAGGAAUUAUGACUACUAUGCAAGCCGAGUUCCAGAAUCUAUUAAAAAUGCACUUGUUCCUUAAAGGAAAGUUUCAUUUGGCUGGGUGCGGUGGCCUCCCAGCACUUUGGGAGGCCAAGGCAGGCAGAUCACUUGAGCUCAGGAGUUUGACACCUGCCUGGGCAAUAUCGUGAGACCUCAUCUCUACAAAAAUACAAAUUAACUGGGCAUCCUGUCAUGCGCCUGUCAUCCCAGCUGCUUGAGAGGCUGAGGCAGGAGAAUCUUUUCAGCCUGGGAGGCGGAGGUUGCAGUGAGCUGAGAUCAUGGCCACUGCACUCCAGCCUGAGUGACAGGAGUUAAGCCCUGUCUCAGAAAAAACAAACAAACAAACAAAAACACCCAAAAAGUACUGAAAGUUUCAUUUACUUAGCUAGGAGAAAGACUUGGUUCUCAAAAUAAUACAUUUUAAAACUAAUUGGAUAGAAUUAGAGUUCCACCUUUAUUCAUUGUUGAGCAGUGAUUUAUAUUUAGUUAUUGUAUUUAGGAAUAGAAAAUAGAAUUAAAUAAUUUAACUUGAUUAAUCAGCCAGACCAAUUUUGACAUCUGGAGAACUUACAAACUCAACAUGUUAUAUUUGUUUUCCUGUAUUUAGGUGGAGAAAUGAGAAAAAGCUUUAGUUUCAAUUGACAAUUCAGGUCAAUGUUCAAUCAACAUGCCUAUCUUUUAAACCACAUUUCUUUCUUUUUUUUUUUUUUUUUUUUUUCUUGAGACGAAGUCUCACUCUGUAGUCUAGGCUGGAAUAUAAUGUCAUCAUGAUCUCAGCUCACUGCAAGCUCCGCCUCCCAGGUUCACCCCAUCCUCCUGCCUCAGUCUCCCGAGUAGCUGGGACUGCAGGCACCUGCCACCACGCCUGGCUAAUUUUUUGUAUUUGUAGUAGAGAUGGGGUUUCACCAUGUUAGCCAGGAUGGUCUCCAUCUCCUGACCUCGUGAUCCGUCCACCUCGGCCUCCCAAAGUGCUGUGAUUAUAGGCGUGAGCCACCGCACCCAACCUAAACCAGAUUUCUUUAGGGCACAAUUGUUCCUGGAAUCUCACUCUUGUUUUUCACAGUAAUUUAAAAAAUCUUUCUGCUCCAAUUAAGAAUACAUAUGACGUUAUCAUAUAUGCUGAUGAAACAGAUUUAUGAGAAAAGUUUUUUUAAUAAAUUAUUUAAUCCUA